AUGGCAAGCUCACACGGCUUUGAGAACCCGCCGACGCUGGAGCCGGCCAGCGGAGGAGGAGAGGUUGUCGACGACUUCGGCGGGCAGAAGGCAUACGUCACCGGCUCCGCCGGGUCCAAGGCGGCCGUCGUCCUCAUCUUCGACGCCUUCGGGUUCGAAGCGCCAAACCUGAGGAAGAUAGCCGACAAAGUUGCUUCGUCCGGUUACUUUGUUGUGGUGCCCGAUUUCCUGCAUGGGGAUCCAUAUGACCCCAGCAAUCCCAACAAUCCUGGAAUGUGGAUGCAGGAGCAUAAUCCGCAAAAUGCAUUUGAAGAGGCAAAACCAGUAAUUGCUGCUAUAAAGGAGAAGGGAGUGUGCAGCAUCGGUGCUGCAGGUUAUUGUUGGGGCGCAAAGGUGGUUGUGGAACUUGCGAAAGUUCACGAGAUCCAGGCUGCUGUAUUGUUGCACCCUUCUUUACUAACUGUCGAUGAUAUCAAAGAGGUCAAAUGCCCCAUUUCCAUACUUGGAGCUGAAAUCGAUAGGUCAUCCCCGCCUGAAUUGUUAAAGCAGUUCGAGCAAAUUCUUUCAGCUAACUCUGAGAUCGAUCACUUUGUCAAAAUUUUCCCUGGCGUACCGCAUGGAUGGGCUGUGAGAUACAGCGACAAUGAUGCAUCCGCUGUCACAAGUGCGAAGGAAGCUCUGCAAGACAUGAGCCACUGGUUUAAUAAGUACCUGAACUGA